UCCUCUAAUUUCCUCUCUCAAAUCCACAUUCUUCAUGCUUCAUUUACAAAUUUCCAGAUUUCGUAUUGCAAUGCUGCAACAUCCCUUCAAUUAUCUAGCAUUUCUCAUCGCAUCUCGACCACACGUAGUAUUCAGAGAAAGAAACACAUCUCUAUAAAUUUAUAGACAACUUAUAAUUUCUUGGAAUGAGAGAGAUGGACAAGUACGAGGUGGUCAAGGAUUUGGGUGCUGGCAAUUUCGGAGUUGCCAGACUUCUCCGCCAUAAGGACACCAAAGAGCUUGUCGCCAUGAAGUACAUAGAGCGUGGCCAAAAGAUAGAUGAAAAUGUGGCAAGAGAGAUUAUAAACCACCGAUCGCUUCGGCAUCCAAAUAUAAUUCGUUUCAAGGAGGUUGUUUUGACUCCAACGCAUUUGGCUAUAGUGAUGGAAUAUGCUGCUGGGGGAGAGCUCUUUGAAAGAAUUUGCAAUGCUGGCCGUUUCAGUGAAGAUGAGGCUAGAUAUUUCUUCCAGCAGCUAAUUUCUGGUGUCAACUAUUGCCAUUCAAUGCAAAUAUGUCAUAGAGAUCUAAAGCUAGAAAAUACACUUUUAGAUGGAAGCACAGCACCACGCUUGAAGAUAUGUGACUUCGGUUACUCUAAGUCGUCCCUGCUUCAUUCAAGACCAAAAUCAACUGUUGGUACUCCGGCAUAUAUAGCACCAGAAGUUCUUUCUCGAAGAGAGUAUGAUGGCAAGAUGGCAGAUGUGUGGUCAUGUGGAGUAACUCUGUAUGUCAUGCUAGUUGGUGCAUAUCCUUUUGAGGAUCAGGAGGAUCCUAAAAAUUUUAGGAAAACAAUUCAGCGUAUUAUGGCUGUUCAGUAUAAGAUCCCGGACUAUGUUCACAUAUCUCAAGAUUGUCGACACCUCCUUUCUCGCAUUUUUGUCCCUAAUCCAUCCAGGAGAAUUACUUUAAAAGAGAUCAAGAGUCACCCAUGGUUCUUGAAGAACUUGCCAAGAGAACUCACCGAAGCGGCUCAAGCAAUGUACUACAAGAGAGACAACCCAAGCUUCUCUCUUCAAAGUGUUGAUGAGAUUAUGAAGAUAGUGGGGGAAGCUAGAAACCCUCCGCCAGCAUCGAGAACCAUCAAAGGUUUUGGAUGGGCAACAGAAGAUGACGAAGAAGGGAACGAGGACCUCGAUGGAGAGGUGGAAGAUGAGGAGGAAGAAGACGAAUAUGAUAAGAGGGUGAAAGAAGUUCAUGCCAGUGGAGAAUUCUUAGUCAGUUAGAAAGUAAAGUUAUCCCCAUCCAGUUACUAUUCAUUCAGGUUUGUGUGCUUAGAUUGAUUGCAUAUGUUGUCGUCCUGUGUACAGUCUGUUAAUAUCUAUAGUAGCACACCACAGUCGUAUUUCUGCAGACUUGAAGGUCGAAGUUUUUCCAUAUAUAGUUUGUUGAUUGAGGGUCUGCUCUGCUUGUGUAGGUCGAUGGUUUUCAUUUUUGUUGGUCACUCAAAUGUAUGUUGAAGCUAUAAGCUAUAUGUGUUAUUGGUAUAAUUCAAAGUAGGUGGGCUUUUUGGUGUGUAAACCUUCAGCUUACUACUCAUUGAUAAUGAAUGAAAGAAUAGGUGCGAUGGGAUGUGCCGAUCUGUAUA